UCUAAAAAGUAUCAUGACAACAUUCAAAUCAACCACCACAAAACUAAUUUUCAGAUUUCUACAAGUUUGAGGACUCUCUUUCAUUGAUUGCUCAACUUCCAGCUGUAGCUACAUAUAUACAUCAUAGGUAUGUCUAUGUGUAUAUCUAAUUAAAUCCCAUUUCUACAUAAUUUCAUAUUGAAAAAUGAAAUUUUGACUUGCUAUGCUUGGAUUUGGUAGUCCAGCCAUGCAAGAGCUUAUGAGGCUUUAUGUCACUAUCCAUACUGACCAUGAAGGUGGAAAUGUGAGUGCUCAUACCAGACAUCUUGUUGCUAGUGCUCUAUCGGAUCCAUACCUCUCAUUUGCUGCAGCAUUAAAUGGUCUCAUAAAAGAUUGUUUUUUUCCUUUGGUGCAGGAGGUUUUGCUGUGGAUAAAGUCAGUGGUGGAUGAAGAGUACAUAACCAAGGAUAAAUUGCAAGACUAUGUUUGGAAAACCUUGAAUAGUGGGAAGGUUGUUCCAGGAUUUGGGCAUGGAGUUUUAAGGAAAACAGAUCCUAGAUACAUGUGUCAAAGAGAAUUUGCAUUGAAGCAUUUGCCUGAUGAUCCUCUUUUCCAGCUGUUUAGCACAUUUUUGGCUUUGUUUGUUUCAAAUCUUUAUGAAGUGGUGCCUCCGAUCCUAACAGAACUUGGCAAGGUGAAAAACCCUUGGCCCAAUGUUGAUGCUCACAGUAGGGUGUUGCUUAACACAAAACUGCAAUCAAUCAAGGUUCUCAUUUGCAAGAGAGGAGGAUCAAGGAUCCAAUUUCAAAUUCACUCAAAGUUUUAGUGAUUUUAGGCAAAAUCUCAAUCAUCAGAACAUGAACAUGAACAUGAAGCGUGAUUAUGUCAGCAACACAGAUGAGAAUGGUUUCUUUGCUUUUAAUUUUGAGGAAUCUGACAAUCGUAGUGCUGGCAAUUAUUCUUCCAAUAAGAUUUCAAUUUCAAGAUCCCAAAUCUCUGCACCUCCUGGAUUUAUGGGGCCCACCAGAGCACCACCUCCAGGGUUCACCUCUAAUGAGACGGUAGAACAGACAUAUGAUAACUUAUCUGAUAUGUUACCAUAUAUUCUUUU